CUGGUCGUUUGUCAUUCGCCUAUAACUCAAGUCCACUCCUGUACUUAUUUCAUCGGAAGGCCCCACAACAACGAACAAACGAGUAGAGUCUCACCCUACCACCGCGCCAGCGUGUCGCCGCGACGUUUCGACGCUGCGCCUCUCAACCGUUUCAAGCACCGACGACCCGCUCCGGUUCCAGUUUUCUCGAAGGCGGGAACGCGUCCGAAGCUUGGAAAUCGAUACCGAAAAGUACUGUAAACAAGUGCUUCUGCUAGCCGGAUCCACUCCCUUUUUGUUCUUAAACAAUUUCGCAAAAUGUCGGUCAGCAGGCUGUCUAUCAUCAAAUUCCUGGAAUUGGUCAUCGCUAUAGUAUGUAUCGGCCUCCACUACAAAAGCAAAACAAAUGACUUCAAUGCUGACACGCUGAGCGCGGCUGCCUUCGGAGGUUACGUUAUCAUCCUGAUCGGAGGUUUUGCAGGCUACUUGAUGAGCACACCAAUCAACAGGCGCAUCGACAUCUUCUUCUCAUUGGUAGGCUGCGCUAUUUUUGUAGCUGCAGGUGCCUUGAACAUCCAGAUCUACGAUGACUACGGCAAAAGCGAAUGGAGAGACUACGGUCUGUCCAAGGCUUCGUUGGCCAUCAUCAACGGAGCCCUGUUCUUGUUGGACUCACUCCUCACCUGGCGAGGAGACUUCUAAACUGACCACGUGACUUUUAUUUCUUUUCCAUCAGUGUACAAAGAUUAUUUAGGUUUAUACUUUUCGUAACGAUGGUUUCCGAAGAAGGAAUGUUUCUUUAAUAGAGAAUGAGCGGGAAACUCAAAAAGUCAAUUAACUCGAAGUUUAUGAAUUAGGAUUAAAAGUUGUUCAUGCCGGAAUGAUACCCAAAAAUAUCUAGACUAUUUCUGUUCAUUUUCAAGUAGACAGAAUUUAAUUCAAAUUGCAAGCGACGUCUUUGCAUAUAUUUCAAAUGUCAACUGAAUGUUUCAUAUAAUGCAGUAAGAUUCCCUAACAUUUUCUAUUGAGAUCAUUUGGUACCUGUUUUUUCCCGAUGACUACAGUUUACAAUUUACGCAAAAAGUUAUACGAUGUGAUAUGAUGUGUAUUAUUUCAAUUCUUAAUUGAAACCGCAUAAAAAACAAGUUGGAAUUCUGUCACUGUUUGGUGAAAUGGACAUGUUUCCUUAGGUCUAGUUCAGACAUUGUGUAAGUAGUUGAGAGAUCUGCACUUCAUGAAUACAGAACAUCGAGCAGUUAUGAGCCACUGACGUAGGGGUCUAACAUCUCAGAUGAGAUGAGGAUGCAAAUCAGCUUGGUAAACCAUUGGUAGGUGGAGAUCGACAGAUUUUACGACACUAUUUAUCUAAAAGGUAGUUCCACAUGUCUUCCAAGUUCUUCUGAAUCAAAUGGUCUCCAAAACAUUUUUAAGGUACGUUUUUGGUAACAGGUUUGAUGCUAAAGGUCGCAAUACUCGUCGCAAUGCACGCCACUAAUACCAAGACGACCAUCACAUGGAGUGUCUAAACGUUGUGUAGACCAACAAAAUAUAGCUGAUCCGGUGUAGUCCUUUUUGUGCUCUCUUCUAUCACAUAUUUAUAUGAUACCACAUUUUCCUGAUGACCCUGUUUUUUUGUCGAUUUCAAUGAGAACUAGAAAUAUUACACUUAUUGAAACUGUACGUUCAAAAGAAAAAAAUGAUCAAAAAUGUUUUAUUGAUUAGAGGGUUACGCCCAUACUUGUUUUUCUUUGCGACCCUUUUCGUGUACUCUCUAGAGGUUUAAGAUGACAUCUACUCCCCAAAAAUAAACAUUUGUGACCUAAUUUUUUUAAUGAAAAAAUAACAUGCUAUCCAUUAUCUCACAUCAAGUGAAAGAUAUACUGAGUGUCAGAUAAAGGCGUUUAGCAAGCCGUGAACACUGACCUAUUUUCACUACGUUCUGGUUCAUAUCACAACAUAUAACGUGGAUAUAUUUUAAAACUGAAAUGUUGACGUUCUAUAUUAUUCAAUCGUAUAUGUAUAACAGCUACUUUUGAACUCUGGAGCAGAAUUUGUACUAGUGGCCUUUCAUGACAAGAAUUCCUCAAUGCCUAUUACUGUUUUGCUUAGAGAAAAGCAAUACAACUGUGUAUUUCAUACAAUGAAUUUUUUCAGGUAUAGCUUGAGCACGAAAAUGUGCAGGUAUUGUGACCAAAAUUCUUAAGCAGCACUGAUCUUUGUAUAGGCCAUGAAUGAUAAACAUUGAAAUUUGAGUCUAUUAAAAGUAUCACGAUAUGACCAUGGGUGCCCGCAGAAGCGACCGUGGCCCCUCCUGGGAAUCUCAUUGGACCUUAAAAUUUGCACAUUUAGCAUGACUGUAUAGAAUUUAGAGAAUUUGCUAACACCCCACUCUUCAGAAUGUUUUGGGAGCAAGAAAACUUUCACAAAAAGUUAUCUCUUGCCGAUGAUCGGUCCUCCCUGAGAAAAAUUUCUGCGGUCGCCUAGGUCGGUCACAUGCUUAUCCCCACAAACCACUGCCACGUGUUCAUUACACACUACCAAUAGGUGUUUGGUAUAAAUGAAAAUAAAAAUUUAACUAUAUUUUUAGCAAAGAUCAUUGGUGUUUAUACUUCACUAACUAUAAAAACUGACGACCAGUUUAUUGUGAAACCAAGUCACUGAAUAAAUAUAUCUAUGCAACACGUACGUUGAACACAAAAAUAAAAUGUAUAGCAUCUCGCCCACACCACACAGAAUAUAUUUUUUGAUGUUAUUUUCAUUAAUGAUGAGCUAUAUAUCUUCUGUAUUGUAUGUACCAAUAUUCGCGAGCUUGUUUCAUAGAGAAGUAGAAAAAGGAGGUCGAUUCAGAAAAUAAGUCUUUUAUAUGCAGCAGAAAUAACUUGUAUUCUGCCGUCCUUAGUUAGAACGUCCUAACCACAUUUUUUAAAUGUUUUGCCUACAUGCAUAUGCCAGUUAUUCUAUGCAUUAUCUAUCUAUUCUUCUAAUUUGAAAUAUCCUAACCCCACUGUGUCCCUACCAUAAUUACUUAAAUAUAUUGUCCUAUGUCCAAAUAUUACGAGCUUCCAAACACAACGUCCUAUCCAUAAAUUACAAAUCUUAAUAAACCUGUAAUUAGAACGUUUUAACCAAGGAGGGCAGUAUUAUUAAGCGAAGAUUUGAAAAUUCUUUGCAUGUUUUCAUUUUUCUCCUCCUAGACUUCUUGCAAUGUUUCAAAUACUAUCUGAUAUUUCUGCAUUUUUUCACAGUAAACUUAUACAAUGUGCCUUCACAAACAAUAAUAACACUCUGUUAUCAAUAGAUACAUGUCAUAUUAAUCCAUAUUACAGAAAAGAUAUAUAAAUUUGAAUUCAUCCUCCUUUUUAAUGUUAUAUUUGUUUUGGAUCUAUAUAGUACGAUGUAUACGCUUCAAGAUUAUCUAUAUACACAACAUAUAUACCUUUUUAUACGUAUAUAUUCUGUAUUUUUGUAAAAUAAAUUAUUUUAUGAGAGAAAUAUUUACCGGUUUUCAAUUAGAUUAGAUUUAUUGUAUGCGUAUUUUUAUAAAAAUUUUGAUUUAAUACUGGAGCCAUAUAACUCGCGAAAUUCUUUCUACACUUUUUUGUAUGUUUUGUUAUUUUUUUAAGUACUGUUUUUAAAAUACUUCUAUCUUAAGCUUUAAAUGUUAUUAAUGUAUUUAUGGUGUUUAAAAAAUAAAGUGUAUGUUUUGUCAUA